AUGGACGUCUCUUUGAAAGCAACUGCUGCUUACAUUGCCAUUUCUAUGGCGUCUCUCAUUGUCGGUAACACCAUCAUGGGUUUCUUUGGCAACAACAAGUUCCCCGUUGAGGGCAAGACAGUCCUCAUCACCGGUGCUUCCGAGGGUAUGGGUCUCAGUGCAGCUACCCAGCUCUCCGCCAAGGGUGCAAAUGUCGUUCUCGUGUCUCGUAGCAAGGCCAAGCUCGAAGCCGCUCUUGUUACCGUCAAGGCUGCAGCUAAGAAUCCCGAAACACAACGCUUCCACUACAUCACCGCCGACGUCUCUGCCGAAUCCUACGCCAAACCUCUCCUCGAAGAAGUUAUCAGCUGGAAUAAUGGAAACGCCCCCGAUAUCGUUUGGACUUGCGCCGGACUGUCCUUCCCCGAAUUGUUUGUCGACAUGGAGAUGAAGUCAAUGCGACACCAUAUGGAUGUCAACUACUGGGGUACAGCUGAGAUGGCACAUGCCAUCAUGCGCGAGUGGCUCGAAGUCUCCAAGCCUGUUGAGAAGGAAGCCAAGCACCUUAUUAUGACUGGAAGUAUUUGCGCCUCCUACUCCCCUCCCGGAUACACCCCGUACACUCCCUCCAAGUAUGCUAUGCGAGGUCUGGCCGAGUGCAUCCAGCAGGAAGUGCUCCUUUACCCCCAAAACGUCCAAGUCCAUCUACUUUUGCCCGGUACUAUCCUCUCGCCCGGUAACGUCCGCGAGAACGAGGGCAAGCCUGAAAUCACAAAGAUCAUCGAGAAGGACGACCCGAAGCAAACACCUGAAGAGGUUGCUGCUCUGUCCAUCAAGGGUCUUGAAGCUGGACAGCACAUUAUUACAGUCAACUUCCUUGGUCAUCUUAUGAAGUGGGCAUCCUUUGGCGGCAGUCCCAAGAACAGCUUUCUCGAUAUCUUGGGUGCUUUCCUUGCUACAUUCGUCUGGAUCUUUGUUCGGCCCAUCUUGGAUUGGCAAAUCAGGGGCCACGGCAAAAAGCAUGGUCACCCUAGCCUGUACAAGAAGGCUCCAGGCGCUUGA